UCCUAUAUUUGUGGGCUAAUAUAAAAACGUACCGUUCAAUAAAAUUUUCAUCAUGUAAUAUUGAUAAAUUCAUACUUUUUUUUUUAAGUAUAAUUUAGAAAAACCACUUGAAUAUGAAUUAGGAGAGUAAUAUACAAUUAAAAAAUAGAAAAGUUGAAAAAAGUAUGAAAUAUUUUCAAGAUAAAUUUUCAACUUUAUAGCAUCAUAUCCCCUUCUUUCUCUCUACCAAAAAAUUAUAAACCAAUAAUAAACAAAUUCCCUCCGAAAAGUUAGUCAAAAACUAGAGGAACAUAAAAGGCUUAACUAAAAUUUGACAUUACAAGAAUCCCAAGUGUCAUGUCCCUCCUUUUCUUCCUUCAUCACCUUCAUUUGGGGGGUUUCCUUUGAACUCCCCAUUUUCACUAUUUUCACCUCUCCCCCUAAUUUCUAACCCCUCUUUGUCCUUCCGGUGAGGUGUCCGGCCUCCGGUACACCAUUCUCUCUUAUUCUCCCCUUGUCUAAAUAUCUCUGUUACAUUUUCUUUUCCUCUCACAUUCAUUGAGGCCAAGGAAUAAAAUAAUAAGAAAAAUAUAAUAGAACGAAAAGAGAAAAAAAAUCUUACAUACACCCCCUAGGAGGCUUCAAAGGAGGUGAUAAGGCGAUGAAAACGAGCCUUAGAUCUUCCACGAAAAUACCAUGGAAGAUACCAUUAUGGUUAGCGAUUGUUAUUAUUAUCCUAUGUUCGUUAGUUGAGGUAUGUAGAGGCCAAAACAAAGACGUCGAUGAGUUUGGGGACCCUAAAACAAAGGUCGAUGCCUUUGGAGGAGACUCAAGCGGCUCAGGAGGAGCAAGCGGACCUCCAAAGAUCCCCAAAGAAGUCCAAAGUUGUGAUGGAAUAUACAUCUCCUAUGACUUCUUAGGGCGCGAGAAGGAGUACCCCCAUGUCAAGAACACAACGGCACAAUCAUGGGCCUUUAAGUCCCAAUUGCAGCUUGUGAACAUGGGCAAUACCGAGCUUAAGACAUGGAAGGUCUUCAUCGGGUUCCAACAUAGGGAGCUUUUGGUAUCGGCUGAUGGAGCUGUUUUGGUGGAUGGGGAUGAGUUUCCGGCCCAAGUGGGUAACAAUGGUACCACUAUUGGAGGGUAUCCCCAAGCCGAUCUCAAGACUGCCAUUGAUACAGCCGGGGAUUUUACCCAAAUCGCGGUUAGUGUUGCCUUUAAGGGUACUCAAUUUGGUGUUAAGCCUCCAGGAACCCCAAUGCCUAAGACACUUAAGCUUCAAAAUGAUGGUUUCAAGUGCCCUGCUCCUUCUAAGCGGAAGAGCAACAUUUACUUAUGUUGUCGAAAAGACAAGAAAUUCAAGGUGAACACCAAGCUGAAGUACUCAAGAAAGAAAACCGGUGACCUUAAUGUAAUGUACGACGUCUUGCAAACCAAUGGUAACAACUACUUGGCGCAAGUAACAAUGGAGAACGAUCACCCACUAGGUCGUCUAGACCACUGGAAUCUAACAUGGGAGUGGAUGAGAGGAGAGUUUAUCUCCACAAUGCGAGGCGCCUUCACCCACCUUAAGGACCCGUCUCAGUGCAUCUACGGCCCUGCAGGCCAAUACUACCAGAACAUGGACUUCACCCAAGUUAUGAACUGUGAGAGGAAUCCUAUAAUGUCUGACUUGCCUGCUGAAAAGAAGGAUGAUGAGAAGGUUGGAAAAUUGCCAUUUUGCUGUAGGAAUGGCACUGUAUUGCCGAAGACUAUGAAUGAGAGCGAGUCGAAAUCAGUUUUUCAGUUGCAAGUGUUCAAGAUUCCUCCUGAUAUGAAUCGUACUGCUCUGUAUCCACCCCAAAACUGGAAACUCACUGGUGUUCUUAACCCUAACUACAAGUGUGGGCCUCCUAUGCGAGUCGAACCUUCAGAGUUUCCGGAUCCUACUGGAUUGCAGGCGAGGGUUUUGGCAGUAGCAAGCUGGCAGGUGGUAUGCAACAUAACCCGUCCAAAGGUGAAGCAAAACAGAUGUUGUGUCUCAUUCUCAGCCUACUAUAACGACUCAGUAGUGCCAUGCAACACAUGCGCCUGUGGGUGUAACGAUCUUCCUGAUGAUGGGACCCAGUGCAGCACAAAAGCCCCUGCAAUGCUCCUACCACCUGAGGCAUUACUUGUGCCCUUUGAAAACCGAAGUGUCAAAGCCGUGGCAUGGUCAAGGAUCAAGCACUAUCAUAUAUAUGAUCCAAUGCCCUGCCCCGACAACUGCGGAGUCAGCAUCAACUGGCACGUCGAUGCUGACUACAAAAACGGGUGGACUGCCCGUAUGACCCUCUUCAACUGGGGUAGCAACGCCUUCGAGGAUUGGUUUGUUGGGGUUCAGAUGGGGAAAGCAUCAGAAGGGUUUGAUAAAGCCUACUCUUUCAAUGGAACAUUGUUAAAGGACUUAAAUAACACCAUACUUUUGCAAGGAUUGAAGGGGUUGAAUUACCUAAUUGCCGAGACAAAUGGGACUAAACCCCGCGAUCCAAGGGUGCCUGGGAAGCAGCAGUCUGUGCUUUCCUUCAACAAGAGACUAACUUGGCAUCUGAACAUCCCUGAAGGCGACGGGUUCCCGAAAAAGCUGCUCUUCAACGGGGAAGAAUGUGCACUGCCUAGUUUCAUUCCUGCCAAGAGUGGAGGCAUACGAACAAACUCGAAGAAUUCUAUCAUUACUUUUAUCUUCACUUGCAUCAUCACCUUGUUUUUGGUAAGAUAACUUCAGAUGGGUUUCAAUUUAGUUCUUUGAUUGGAACAAUUACUCGAAAAUGUAUGUCGAUCAAUAUUUGAGUAAUUAACAUUAUUAUUCACUCCAACCAAGAGAAAGCUAGCAUAUACAUAUAUAUAUAUAUAUAUAUAUAUAUAUAUAUAUAUAUAUGCAGGGGAAAAUAUAUGUUUUGUAAAGUUUUACGGGAUCUCUGUAAGUCAUACAAGUAAUUAAGUGGAGUGGUGAAGGAUGCCUGGUAAAUGUUUUAGGUGAAUGAGAUUGAUAACUCUUAAUGUUUGUAAGUAAAGUAAUUUGAUUUCUACAUGUAACACAAAAUUUGCAAUAGAAAAAAAUGGAGGAAAAACACAUUGAACCUUGAAAUUUUUGUAAUAAGGGUAGAUAUAUUAUGUUACAAUUUGCCCCUCUUAGUUACUAUUGUUGCCUUGAACGAUAGAAUUUGUUGUACUCACCUCUCCUGUUGCUCCGGCGAUAAAGGCUUGCGCCUAAAAUGGACUAGCUAGUGAUUUCUUUUUUGGGAAAUUGUCAACAUUACAUUAUUGGACAAUGAUUCUUAAUA